AUGGAGAAAUCUGAGGCUCGAGGUCCAAACAACAAGGAAACAAGAUCCACACCCUACACUGAAAAGGAUAUGAGCAUUGAAUAUGAAAAGGCCCAUCUUGAAGCAUCUAUCAAUGUACUCCAGCUCCAAAGGAAAUGUGAUACAGCUUUGGCUAAGGCAGAGGUGACGGAGUCAGCAGCAGCUGAAAUGUUGUAA